UCGGUGCUAAUUCGCCGCUAUCUGCGGCACAGCCUUCAUCAGGAUCCGGUAUCAUUGAGGACCCGCUCCCGCCCGAUAAACAUCAUCCCCCCGCCGGCAACCAACAAGCACCCGACUUGGACAGCGAGGACAGCAUGGCCGCUCUCAUAGGCGAUGUCUUCACCGAAUCAUCCUCGCGGUUUCAUGGUAUGAUCGGAGGGCAUUCCCACGACAUUCACUAUCAGAGCCGCUCAGUCAGUCGGUCCCGCGAUCGCGAUGCUCAGUCCCACCACACCCCACGCCCGACGGCGAGCCCAAGGAGAGCCUCUACAUCAGUAGCUUCCGUACAGAGCCAGGCUCGAAGUAGACGGGAUUCGAAUGAACCAGUACAGGAGACGAACACAAAAGAGACACACGCAAGACGCUUCUCCGCAACGCCUAAGACCGCUCGACUGCCUUCGCCUCCACCUACAUCAGAUGCGUCCUCCGAGACCCCUUCUAGCGGCGGCGCGCAGACACAACACGAUGUACCCAUAGACGGCGCGCAGAAUCCCACGCCUGCGUCAUUCUCCGCCUCCGGCUCAAGCGCCUCAUCGGCGACCACCGUAAUACCACCGCAACCGAGAUCCGUACCUUCUCCAAGGUAUGAUAGCAGUGGUCCGCACUCGACUGCGCCUCACGUUCAAACUGCUGGCUCUUCAUCUGUUCCGCCGCAUCUCGAUGAUCCACCCGAAUCGCCGAUACAGACCCAGACAACAAUCCGAGUUCGCGAUCUCGCGCACAUUCAGAGCUUGGCCAGAGCCGACCUGCUCCCCGGGACUGGCCCCAGGGCCCAGAAAGACCCGCCACUCCAACAGAUGAAGUACGAGAUCAGCGGGAUGCCUAUUGGAGACAUCAUCGAGAUGGUGGCGGCGCUUUUGACAAAGAUCACUACCACCAACGACCUCCAGCAUGACGCUCUCAACCGCAACGCGCACCACCUAAGGCAGGCACAGGCACAGGCGAGAGGCGAGGAAGGGAGCGGGGAGAGCAGCAUGAGCCCGCUGAGCAGCAGUGUUCUGGCCUUCCACGGCAAGAAUGUGCCGGCUAUCACCAUUUUGAGCUACCUCAGUCGCAUCCACAAGUACUGUCCGACCACAUACGAAGUCUUCCUCAGUCUACUAGUUUACUUCGACCGGAUGACGGAACGGGUCAAUGACAUGGUAAUGAAGAGCGAAGAGGCGCGGCGACUGCAGCUGGAGGCACAACGCCUCCAAGCACAGCCGGCCACUGGGAGCCUGGAUGCCGAUAAGGACACAGUCAUGCGCGAUGAUGAUGAUUCGAGUGACGCGACCGAGACUGACUCGGAGUUGGCAGACUCCACUGACAGCGACGACGAGAUCGCGGGGCAGGCGGGGCGGAAAUCGACGCGCGGCGCAUCGGCCACCAACAAUAGCGUGCAUGCUGCUGCUGUGCAGGCCACGUACUUUGUCGUGGACAGCUUUAAUAUCCAUCGUCUAAUUAUUGCGGGUGUGACUUGUGCUAGCAAGUUCUUCUCCGAUGUCUUCUAUACCAACUCGCGAUACGCUAAGGUCGGCGGCCUUCCCCUCCCCGAAUUGAACCACCUCGAGCUACAGUUCCUCCUCCUAAACGACUUCCGGCUUGCCGUGCCCGUCGAGGAUUUAGAGGCGUACGCUACGAUGCUGGUAGAGUUCUAUGCUCGGGAGGUCGUUGCGCAGCGGCCCCGUCCCAUGGGGGGCCGGAAUGAGUUGUCGCCAUUGGGGUAGGAUCCGGCGAGGAUGAAGGUGCCCAAUUUAUACACUUGCGCUACGCCUCAAGACGGACGGGGGCGUUUCUAGAGCGAUGAGCGAUGGUUUUCGAACGACGCCGGCUGCAAAGAAAGUA